CCAUCUUCCAACCAUGAUCACAUUGAAAGAUCAUGAUAAUAUCAAAUAUAAUGAAAUUGAAUUCUGGAUGUAUGUUAUUUCAUGUGUGGUGCUUGUGAUCCUUGCAGGUGUCACAUCGGGCCUAGCACUAGGAUUGUUAUCAUUCAGCCAAGUUGAUCUUGAGGUUCUCAUUAAGGCUGGCCGUCCUAAAGACAAAAAGAAUGCAGAAAGGAUUCUACCAGUUGUAAAGAAUGGACAUUUUGUAUUGUGUACCCUCCUUUUAGGUAAAUCACUGGCCAUGGAGGCACUGCCAAUCUUCAUGGAUACAAUCAUGCCGCCUUGGCUUUCUAUUACUAUAUCAACUCCCCUGGUCACAUUAUUUGCAGAGAUUGUGCCUCAAGCUGUAUAUUCUCGAUACGGACUAACCUUAGGAGCACAAAUGGCACCCUUUGUUCAACUGCUUCUUCUGAUCUUCUUCCCUAUAUCCUAUCCAGCUAGUAAGAUCCUGGAUUGGGCUCUAGGGAAGGAGCAUUCAGUCCUGUUGAGAAGAUCUGAGUUAAAAACAUUUGUGGACUUGCAUGCAGACAUGGCAGGAAAAGGUGGAGAGUUGUCCUGUCAUGAAGCAUCUAUAAUCACAGGUGCCAUGGAUUUGACUGAUAAGACUGCCAAAGAUGCAAUGACACCAAUAUCUGAAACUUUUUCUCUUGAUAUAAAUUCCAAACUGGACAUGAAUACAAUGACAUUGAUCAUGAACAAAGGGCAUAGUCGUGUACCUCUAUACUCUGGAUACCCAAGUAAUAUCAUUGGCCUUAUAUUGGUUAAGAAUUUAAUGUUCUGUCGUCCAGAAGAUGAAACCCCAAUCAAGAAUCUGAUUAUCAGAAAAAUUCCCAGGGUUUAUGAAAAUUGGCCACUGUAUGAGAUACUGAACCAAUUCCAAAAGGGUCACAGCCAUAUGGCCAUUGUUUUGAAAUGUGAGAAUGACUCAGAGAACAACAAUGCUGCAGCCCAUGCUGCCGGUGCGCCUACAUUUCUCAACACACUCACUAAUAAAACAUCAAAUGCAGCACAAAAUACUAAAGAAUCUGAUUCUUCCUUUGAUCUGGAAAAGAGUCAGAUAGUUUGUAUCUAUGAGUCCAGCGAUACAGAAUUUAAUAGUCCAAGUCCAGCAUUUCAGAAGAUGAUGAUGGAAGCAGGCAAUGAACAACGUCAACAUUCCAAAAAGUGGGAGGAAGAGAGUGGUUAUACGAUGUCGCAAGAAGAAAUACAAGUUCUUCCAACUGUUUUGGAUGAAGAAGUGAUAGGAAUCAUCACAAUGGAGGAUGUUAUGGAGGAACUGUUGCAGGGGGACAUACUGGAUGAAACUGAUGAAUAUGUUCAUGUUCAAAAGAACAUCAGGAUUAACUUGCUGACUCCACGAAGAUCAUCCAGGAAAGGAUCCGAGUCUAGUCUUCAUUGAACAACUUAAGGGUGAUAUUUACCUUUGAUUUGUCUCAAACACUUGGUAGUUGGUAGACUUGGUUUUCAUAAGAUCAUUCUUGUAUUCUUUUCGCCUUAAUUGUUGUUGUUAUUAGCUUAUUAUAAUCUCCACCUUAAAUA